UAAAUUCCGAACGCUUGUUUUGUUUAGCGCGCGAAACGCUGCUCGUUGAUUGGUCAAUCCACAAGUCGCCUUCACGCGCAAUUCAUCCAUUAUUACACGCGUAAUGUCCUUCCUGUCAUAUAUUUCUUCCGUUUCUCGCGGCACAUUGAUCUCAUAUCUCGUACGAAUGGCAUCUCGGUCGAUGAACUGUCGUAAUAAAUCCGUUUCGAUACAUUAAACAAAUAUCUCAACUUAUUUGAAAAUCCGACCAAUCAUGACUUUCUUCUACGAUCCUUGAGUGAUGAUUGGCCAUCGUCACGGAAGACGAAACGCAAUAAAAUAAAACAGACAUUAUACGUUAUACGUUGUACGUGAAGGCCACGCGAAGCGCCGUGAUUGCAUGGAUACAGGUGGUUUCUAGAUAUCUGAAUAAAUGUGGCAUAUAUUGUGAAAAAUCAUCGUUCUGAAUUCGUACAAAUAUAUCAAAUAUGUCCCAGCGAAGAAAUAGAGAUUUUGAUCCCUUUGGGCCAUCAACUAGUGGUGGACAUCGGAAGAAACCUUACUCUAGAUCAGAAUCAGAAUCUUCAGUGAAAAGCAUAACAAAGAGCGUUAUCCAUGAAAGUGAUGCAAGUACUUCUACACAUUCACAACAACCUACUGAACCAGUACAAAUUAAAAAAGAAGGUGGAGAUGUUGGUCCAGUACAAGAAACACGCGGUCGACGUAAGAUGGAAUCUAUUUAUGUUACCAGACCACCUGAUUUAAAAACUAAAAGUGGAACGUCUGGACGUCCUAUAAUGUUGCAAUCAAAUCACUUCAAAGUUCCUACAGUACCUAAUUGGAGCCUUUAUAAAUAUCGAGUUGAUUUUGAACCAGAAGAAAGUCGAACAUUUAUUCGAAAAGGUUUGCUUAAACUUCAUAAAGAAAGAGUUGGUGCAUAUAUUUUUGAUGGUACAGUUUUGUAUACUAGUUGCCGUAUACCAGACAAAGUGGAACUGGUAUCAACUAGAAAAUCCGAUGAGACACCUGUUAAAAUCAUUAUUCGUUUAGUUGGAGACAUGAAGCGGGAUGAUCCGCAUUAUAUACAAUUUUUUAAUAUAAUAAUGAGAAAAUGCUUAGAAUAUUUAAAAUUACAACUGGUGGGCCGUGAUUAUUACGACGCUAGAAAUAAGGUUAGCAUACCUCAGUUUAGACUAGAAUUGUGGCCUGGUUAUGUUACAUCUAUCAGACAAUAUGAAAAUAGCAUUCUAAUGUGUGCUGAAAUCACCCAUAAAGUAAUGCGUCAAGAAACUUUGUUAGAUAUAUUACGUGAUGGCUACAGACGCGGUCAUGAUUAUAAGAAAGAAUUCUGCAACAAUGUGAUUGGAAUUAUGGUACUUACGGAUUAUAAUAAUCAUACAUAUCGUAUUGAAGAUGUGGAUUUUGAUACAAGUCCUUCUUCAACAUUUAUGAAAUCUGGCCAAAGUAUUACUUAUCAAAGCUAUUACAAAGAUAAAUAUAAAAUCACAAUAACAGAUGCCACACAACCAAUGUUAGUGACAAGAUCAAAACCAAAGGCAAGAAAUGCUGGUCAAGGAGACUUGGUUUAUUUAGUUCCUGAAUUGUGUCGUGCUACAGGUCUAACUGAUAAUAUGAGAGAAAAUGUUUACCUUAUGAGAGAAUUAGCUACGCAUACUCGUGUCACAGCUGCAGCUCGAGUUGAGAAAUUGUUAAGGUUUAACAACACACUUCGUCAGGUGGAAAAAGUUACAGAAGAACUCAACAGCUGGAAUUUGCGAUUAGAGAACAAUUUACUUGAUGUUCCUGCUCGUAUAUUACCUGGCGAAAAACUUGUAUUUGGUCGUAAUAGCAGGAUUCCCUGUUUCAAUGGAGAUUGGACGAGGCCAAUGCAGCAAGCACAUAUGUAUCAACCUAGAGAAUUGAGAAACUGGGUAUUAAUUAUAAACCAACGAGAUCAACGAUCUUUACAGCCAUUUUUAUCAAAUUUAAGUACAGUGUCGUGUGGAAUAUCAUUCAACAUUAUGCCGCCGCGUGUACAUCAAAUAUACGAUGACAAGUCAAGUAGAUAUGCCGAAACUCUCGAGGACAUUCUUAGCAAGAAUAGUCCGGAUUUAAUACUCUGUGUAGUGAGCAAUAAUCGCAGUGAUCGUUAUGCAGCAAUUAAGAAGAAAUGUUGUGUAGAUAGACCUGUACCAUCGCAAGUUAUUUUGCAAAAAAAUUUAUGCGGAAAAAAUGCUCUGACUAUUGCUACGAAAGUAGCAAUACAGAUGAACUGUAAAUUGGGCGGUGCACCUUGGCACAUUGAAAACUCAAUAAAAGGAUUAAUGACUAUUGGUUUCGAUAUAUGUCACGAUUCAAAUACUAAGGGCAGAAAUUUUCUGGCUAUGGUGGCAACUGUCGAUCAAACGCUGACGCGAUAUUUUAGCACUAUUACUUUAUAUCACAGCAGUGAAGAGCUUAUAGAACAACUCUGUGCACAUGUGUCCAAAGCUGUGCAAGCUUAUCGCAUGCAUAAUAAGGCUUUACCCAUGCACCUUGUAAUUUAUCGCGACGGAGUCAGCGACGGUCAAAUACCGUAUGUUUAUGAAAAUGAAGUACCAAGUCUGAAAAAGAAGCUUGAAGAAUUAUACUACGGUCCGAAUUUCAAGUUGGUAUUUGUAAUUGUAUCAAAACGAAUUAACAUUCGACUUUUUAAUAACAGAAAUAAUCCUUCGAUUGGUACAAUCGUUGAUGAUGUUAUAACUAGUCCGUUUAAAUAUGAUUUUUUCCUUGUUUCUCAAAAUAUUAGACAAGGUACAGUUUCGCCAACCUCGUACAACAUUAUUUUCGAUAAUAGUGGUUUAGGGCCAGACAAAAUACAAACUCUAACGUACAAAUUAACUCAUAUGUAUUAUAAUUGCUCAAGUACCGUUCGUGUACCCGCGCCUUGCCAUUAUGCGCAAAAGCUAUCGUUCUUAGUGGGACGAGUACUUCAUCGACCUCCAAGUACACAGUUAGAAAAUAAACUAUUUUUCUUGUAAUGUAUUACAAGUGUGAUAUAAAGCUAAUUUCUCUUCAGAAUGAC